AUGAAGCCGACAGACAAGCACUUCCGCUGUGACGUUUGUCAGCGUGCGUUCACGCGAAUUGAUCACCUCAAACGCCAUCAUUUGCGCCACUCCGGCCAGAAACCCUAUUCCUGCGUAUUUUGCAAUGAUUCGUUCGCGCGCUGUGACAAUCUGCGCGUCCAUUAUACCGACUGCGCCAGGCGCGGGGAUCGUGAAAUUCCAGAAACAGGUCAGAGGGGUAGACGGCGACAUGCUUGUCAAUCGUGUACCUCGAUGAAACUGCGAUGCGAUGGCCGAAGUCCUUGCGGAUCGUGUCAGAAGAGAAACUUGAUAUGCAACAACGAGCGGACGGCUGGCUCGAGCCGUCUAGGGAUUGAAAAAGAAAUACCGGAGAAACCCGAAAUCUGUGAAGAGCCAUCAUCCGACCGAGGAUCGAUCAAGUUCUUACUUAAUGGUGGCACCGACAGCUUCACGGAAAACUUCCGGCUUCCCCCACACAGUGAUCGUACACGCAGUCUCAAUUAUCAUAAUACAAAUGGCCUAGAGGAAUUGCAGGGCAUAGGGCUUCCAUAUAACAUCGAUACCGCUCGGUCGGAAUACGGCUCUGGAUUCAUCGAUUGCGACCCUGUCGCGCCGCAGUUCUUCCAAGAUACAUUCCUGGACUUUUUCCACGGCCCUUUUGGUGAUGGACAGAAGCCCACGGAAAAUUCCUAUCAUACUGGUGAACUGAACUACCGAUCCGCCAUCCGUCCAGGGCAGCAUCCCACUACAUUUCCCGGAGAUCCACCUAUCUUCGAACCGGAGCGACCGUUCGCGACGACAUUAAUUCAUUUAAUAUUGACACAAGCAUGGCAGAUCCCGCUUGAUGCUAAAGCGCAGGAGGAACUAUCUGCGAAUCUCAAUUUUCUACUGACCACCACGCGCAUACGAAAAUACAUCAUGCUCUAUUUCAAAUACUGGCAGCCUAGCUGUGCAAUGCUUCCUAUAUCCUUCGACCCGGAGACAGUUCCCCUGCCGCUCUUAGCCGCGGUAGUCUUUAUGGGCGCGAUGUACAGUAGUGACCAGAGGGAGGUAUACAUCGCUAAGAGAGUGCUGGAUCUUGCAGAGCUAUUCAUCUUUGCGAAUGAUGUAUUCUCGGCGGAGACCGAAAUCAGAGCCAUGCUCUCGGGUGGCCGGUGCUACGAUGAGGAAAACAGUGAUUGGGAAUGGUUCCAGAAUUUUCAGGCUGGGUUUAUCAUCACCAUUGUCCAAUACUGGGCGGGGAACCGUUUAUCUCGAAACCGCGCAAUGGAGAAUCGAUUCGGUGAGGUUGUUAAGGUUGCUCGACGAAUUGGACUUGUCAAAUCCCGUCACCUUCCUGAUGACCAGGUCCUGGAGCACUUGUGGAUCCAAAAGGAGUGUCGGAUUAGGACUAUUUCUAUGAUUUCGCUGCUCGAUUGCGCCUUCUUCUUUUUUCAAAACUACCCGUGUCGCCUGACACACACUGAAAUGGAAUGCGAUCUGCCCUGUGAUGAAUUGCUUUUCUUCUCCGAGCACCCGUUCGCGGAGACAAACUUUCGCUUUUCACGCGGCUUUACGCUUUCGGAGGCAUUUAAGAACCUGUUUGACGAGGCACCCGAAUCUAACCCAAUGGACCUCACUGCUUUAGACAUGUUUAUCUUGAUUCAUAUUUUAUUCUCAUUUAUUAACACCCACAUGACAUUUCUCGGUUCUUUUAUAUGCAGGGGCCACUUCAAGAAUCGCGGGAAAAGCGUCGGUGUCACCACUAUUCCUGCAGAUUCCAUCCUCGUUGCUAUCCGGACUGCUCUAUCCCGCUGGCGUGAUUACUGGAUCGCACUGCGUAAUAGAAUAACAAGUGCCGAAUGGGCGUCAAUGGGGUUCUAUAGGAAUGGGUAUAAUUUUUGGCUGGUAUCGCAGCUGCUUAUCACCAGAAAGGAUGCCGUUGACGUGGUGAUGCAGAUGGAAGUGCACUGUGAAGAUAAAUUGGAGAAGCUGAAGGUAUUGUUACUUGACGACCAGGAAGAUGUUUAA